AUGACUACACUUUCAUCUGAUCAAAUCUCGGCCAUUCAUGUUGCAACCGAAAAGCUUCUUCCUGAUGCUAUCGCCUUCUUGACAGAACUUGUUCGCAUAGACACAAGAAAUCCUCCAGGAAAUAAUUAUCGUAAAAUAGUUGAACUUAUCGGAAAUAAACUCGAACUGUUUGGCUACGAUAUCAAGUAUCUGUUAUUAACUCCAGAAGAGACUGAUGAAUUGGCACCUCACGGCGAGAAACUUGAAAGAAUUAAUGUUAUUGGUACACUACCGCCUAAUACAACAUCUAUCACUGGAAAAACAGUCCAUUUUAAUGGACAUGUAGAUGUUGUUCAUGAGGGUGACAUCUCAAAAUGGAACUUUGAUCCAUUUGGCGGUGAAAUCAGAGGUGGUAAGAUUUAUGGGCGAGGUGUAUCCGAUAUGAAAGGUGGUAUAGCUGCUCAAAUAUAUGCUAUUGAAGUAAUAAAAGCGGCUGGACUAAAACUAAGAGGAACCGUUGAGCAAUCUGCCGUAGUCGAUGAAGAAACCACUGGUAAUAGAAAUGCUGGUAUGGGAUAUUUUGUUGAAAAAGGAUAUAUCACAAAGGAAAAAACGACUGCUGUCAUCAUUACUGAACCAUUGAAUUCCUGCAAUGUCUGCUGUGGUCAUCGAGGCACCAUAUGGGGAGAUAUAACCUUUUACGGCAAAUCUUCUCAUGGCUCAAUGCCAGCUUUAGGUAUCAACGCUAUACAAAACUGCGCAAAAUUUAUUACUAUUGCAGCAGAAGAACUAGGCGCUAUUCAUACAACUAAACGUGAUCCCAACGUAAUACCAACCGAAGCACAAAAAUCUAGUCUUGCGUUCACUGUCAUACAAGGUGGUACCAACACAAAUUCCGUGCCAGACAUUUGUAAAGUUUCUUUUGACAGACGUCUCGUACCUGGAGAGUCUAUUGACCAAGCUCGUUCUGAAAUUUAUUCCGUUCUACAACGAUUAGAAUCAGUAGAUUCAAAUUUUAAAUAUAAAUACGAAGAACGAUAUGCCGUUACACCAGUAUGGGUAGAUCCUGAGCAGUCUGUAUCUCGAAUCUUUCGAACGGCGAUUAAAACAAUUACUGGAGAAGAAGCUGGAGUUGUCUGCUCUCCUGGUUCUGAUGAUCAACGAUUUGUAGUGCAGGGAGCUCAGUUGGAAGCUUGCAUCGUUUAUGGACCUGGAAAUAUUAAAAAUGUUCACUGCUAUGACGAAGAAUUAUCAUUGGACGAUUUGCGAAUAGCCAUUGAAGUCAUGGCUAUUGGUGCUGCAGAAAUAGUCGGAUUCGAAUAA